AUGCCAGGCACCCUCCAAACCCCCCAACCCAAUGCCUUCCCCCCCGGUCGCCGCGGAGUCUACCUCCUUACGCACCCCCGCUCAGCGUCCAAUCUCUUCCAAACCAUGAUGUCCAAGCAGCCCGGCUACCAGAACUCUGGCUACAAGCUCUUCGACGGCGGCUUUGCUACGCUGAUGAAUCUUGAGAAAGGACCGCUGAGUGAGUGGCCCGAGGAGGAGAGAAACGGGUUGUAUGAGACGUUCAAAACGGCGUUUGGCAGCUUGGAGGACGAGUUGGACGAUUGCGCGGAGAAUGGCAAACAAGCCUUCGUAAAAGAACACACAAUCUUCCUCUCCGGCCCCGACCGCCUCUUCUCCACCGUCUACCCCAACGACACCCCCCCAGCCCUAACCAUCCACCCACGCAAUGCCUCUCCCUCCUCCUCCUCCUCCUUACAACACACAAACCCCACUUCCGUCCCCGACUCCCUCCUCCUCUCCCUCCAACCCAUCUUCCAAAUCCGGCAUCCGAUUUUGAUGUUCCCGUCUAUGCUGCGCGCGCAGAAAGAUAGCUUUCCGGAUACCAAGCCACGGACGUUGUAUACGUGUACCACGUAUACUCUCAAGUAUACGAGAGCGCUGUAUGAGUGGUAUGCGGAGCGGGAGGCUAGUUCAGGCAUCGUCCCCCGCAUCAUCGACGCCGACGACAUCAUGAACAACCCGCUUGCCGUCCGCCAGUUGUGCCUCCAAUGUGGCCUCGAUCCCGAGGCCGUGCAGUACGAGUGGGAGGAGAAGAAGAUUGAGGAUAAUCCGCUCAUGGCCCGGUUUCUGAGCACGAUUAAUGCGAGUAAGGGGAUUAAACCGGGACUCGCGGCACGGGGCAGGAAAUUGGAGGAUGAGAAGAAGAAGUGGGCGGAGGAGUGGAAUGAGGAGUUUGCGGAUGAUUUGGAGGAUUUUGUGAAGAAGGCGAUGGAUGAUUAUGAUUUCUUGUGGGAGAGGAGGGUUACGGGGGAAGAGUGA